CACACUGUGCUCUGAUUUUGAUGCUUGCAGAAAUAAAACAGAGGAAAAUAUAGAAAGAGAAAUUAAUGAGCUACAGUGAGAGGUGGAGAGAGAGAGAGAAGAGUACCGCGUAAGCUCGAUACCUUUGUCAACCUAUUUUUACUCCUGUCUCUCUUAAGCAGCUCGAUUUGAGUGGCCUCUAAGAGAGAGAAGCGGUGGGCGGAAGAGAGAUAUAGAGAGAGAAAGGGUAAGAGAAGCUAGGGAAGAAGAAGACGAUUAACUUGGCAUUUCUCUUAUAUAUACACAGAAAGAAGACGUAAUGUUGAAGAGGAGAAGCAAUUUGGCCUCUGACUCCUGCUUCUCUUCUAAUUCGAUGGAGAAGAUUAGAAGCUCUACCUUUUUCAACGUUCCCGGCCUCUUCGUCGGAUUUACAGGGAAAGGAGUACAUGAUUCUGAUCCUGCGAAGAGCCCCACUUCUCCAUUGGAUCACAGGCUUUUCUCCAACUUCAGCUCUUCUUUUGUUCGAUCUCCGAGAUCGAUGGGAAGAAGCUGGGAUUGUAGCAGAGUUGGGCUUGGCUUGGUGGAUUCUCUCAGUGAUGAAAAGGGGCAGUGUAGUCCUGAGAGCAAGAAUAUUCUUUUAGGACCACAGAUGAGAAUUGUGAACAAAAUAACUCCUAAGCCAACAAAUUUGGGCUCAAACAUGGCGACCUCUCUCUUUUCCCCCUUCGGUUCUUAUGAAAAGAUUGAAUCUUGCACAGCAGACAAAGCUCAGCAAAUUUAUCAUAACCCCAAGCCAAGUUCCGAUGUUUUUGUUUCUGAUUCAAAAAGCUCAAAUCUCUGUUCUCCUCCAAAUUUCUUCUCUGGUUCCCUUCCGAUGUCGAGCAGUUCAAUCAAUGGCUUCAUGGGUUCACUUUCUGCAAGCGAGAUUGAGCUUUCAGAGGAUUACACUUGCAUUAUCUCGCACGGACCUAAUCCGAAAACUACUCAUAUUUUUGGAGACUGUAUCUUAGAGAACUUCUUGAUUGAGUCUAUGGGUUCGAAGAAUAAGCAAGAAGAGGAAGAAGGAGACUCUCACUGGAUUGUUAAGAGCUUGGAGGAGACUCCACCUUCCUUUCAUUCUAAUGAUUUCCUGAGUUUCUGCUGCCACUGUAACAAGAAGCUAGAAGUAGGCAAAGAUAUCUAUAUGUACAGGGGUGAGAAGGCAUUCUGCAGCUACAGCUGCCGUGAACAAGAGAUUUUAUUCGACGAAGAGCUGGAAGGGGAGAAAGAGGCGACGGGGAUGGGCCCUUAUGAUUCCCCAAGCUCUUCUUCUCCUCCUUCCAUGAAGAUCUAUUCCUUUGAACGAAUGGUGAUUGCCCGGCCCUGAGCAACAUCGCUGACCGUUGGAUUGCCACAGCGAGCCGUUCGAUCCUUCGUCGACAACGAGCUGUCUAAUGUGAAUUCUGAAGCAGCCGUGGACGAUCAAUUUUCAUGUACAUUGUUGAUUCCUUUUUCGCUGAUAUUGCGCGUUCAUGGUCAGAUUGUUUGUAGGUAAAUGCUGGGUAUUGCCUUACAUUUUGAAAUUUCAUGUCCUAUGGAUAGAAACUUGGUAGGGAUAAAUCAGGGUUGGGAUCUAAAGGGGUUUUUUUGCUACUGUAAUGCCUCUCAUUUUGCUUAUCCUAUGCAGUUAUUGUAUGAUCUAAAGUGUAGACUUGCGUAAGUUCAUCAAUGAAUAUGAGGAGUUUAAAUA